GAAAUAAACAAGUUUUCCCAAAAGUAAAAACAGUAUGUACCGUCUCCCCAAAUCAAUCCCAAUGACAGAUCACACCAGUAAAAGCUGCUACCAUAUAUAGACAGCUCUUAAAUGGUGUAGAACUUCCCUAUAGUCUGUCUUCUUCCCCCAAAACCCAAAAAAGAUGGUGCCUCCAUUUCAUGACCUAACGACCCAACCCCUCUGGCUUCUCCUUCCUUCCACUCUUGGCUUCUUCAUCCUCCUCAAGCAUAUCACCUCUCUGGCCAAAUGGGUCUUCAUCCUCCUCCUCAGAGCCCCCAAAAACCUGAAAAAUUACGGCUCGUGGGCAUUGGUCACCGGUGCAACCGACGGCAUAGGAAAAGCAUUUGCCUUCCAACUUGCCCAAAAAGGCCUAAAUAUAGUCCUAGUCAGCCGGAACUCCACCAAGCUCAAAUCAGUCUCCGAUAAAAUCCAUGCAAACUCUCCCUCUACCCUAAUAAAAACCAUUGCAUUCGACUUCUCAGGCAGCGGCUUGGACGGGUUGGACGAGCAGCUGGAGAAGGAGAUCAGGGGUUUGGACAUCGGCGUUUUGAUCAACAACGUCGGGGUUACAUACCCGAGUGCAGGAUUCUUUCACGAGGUUGAUGAGGAAGUGUGGAUGAACGUUGUGAAGGUGAAUGUAGAGGGUACAGCUAGAGUGAGCAUGGCAGUUGUGCGAGGCAUGGUUGAAAGGAAGAGAGGUGCAAUAGUUAAUAUUGGUUCUGGGGCUGGCAUUGUUGUGCCUUCUCAUCCUCUCUUCACGAUCUACGCCGCUACAAAAUCUUAUGUGGAUCAACUGUCUAGAUCCCUCCACGCGGAAUACAAGAUGUACGGAAUUGAUGUGCAAAGUCAGGUACCAUUAUACGUAGCAACAAAACUGGCGUCGAGGGUUGCUUCGAUCGAAAGGCCCUCCCUCUUCAUACCAACCCCAGAUGCUUAUGCAAAGGCAGCCAUUCAGCGGAUUGGCUAUGAAGCUCGCUGCGCUCCGUUCUGGGCUCACUCAGUCCAGUGGUUCUUCUCGCGCUUGGCCCCCGACUCUCUUCUCGAUGCUUGGCGCCUCUCUAUUGGUUUAAAAAGAAGGGGGAAGAAACUCCAUGAAGAACUAAUAUAAUACCUACUUUGUGUUUUGACCAAAAAAUAACACACACUCUGUUAUUUCUCUCUUGUGUGAGCAGACAAGUUUAUGCAAUUAAUUUUAGAUUAUAUAUGAAUUGACAUGAGAGGAACUAUGAUAUUACUAUUUAAGUUUUUCUACCA